AUGAACCAGAUGCAGCCUCAUUUGUUGAUGGUGGUAGUGGCUUCGCUAUUGCACUCGCGCUCAUUAGCAUUUAUCCUGAAGGAAAGGCGGCUUUAUUCAAGCAGUAGAGUAUCAUUUACGGAAGCCCUGAAAAUGGUAGAUUACAAGCGAGUGAAGUACGAUGAGACACCAUCCAAUAAGUUGAUUGGAACCCACUCUGGUUCCUUUCAAGCAGACGAAGCCAUGGGAGUAUGGAUGCUCCGCCAAGUCCCAGAAUACCGAAACUCUAAAGUCGUGCGUUCUAGAGAUUUGAAGGCUCUUGAUCCCUUGGACAUUGUCAUCGAUGUCGGUGGUGUUUAUGAUCAUUCCAAGUUGCGAUACGACCAUCAUCAACGUGGAUACGAUGAGCGUUUCGAUGAAGGAAGAGAGGGGUCUGAGGGACGGUGCACCAAGCUAAGUGCAUCUGGACUUGUUUAUAGACACUAUGGGAAAGAAAUUAUCAAGUCGUAUUAUCCUUCGUUGAGAGAUGAACAUUUACACUUAGCAUACAAGAAGAUUUACAACAGUCUGUUGGAGUGCCUUGAUGCCAUUGAUACAGGUGUUGAAAUGUUCCCCGAUGGUAUUGAACCGAUCUAUAGAGACGCGACAGGCUUGUCUUCACGCGUAGGUAGAUUAAACCCUCGUUGGAACGAAGUAGAUGCAGAUGGCAAGCCACCCAGCUACGAUGAGAGGUUUGAACAGGCAUCAGCCAUGUGUGGGGAAGACUUUAUGUCUAUGAUGACUAAAGUGAUUGAAAGUGAUAUCCCUGCUCGCGACAUUGUUGAACAAGCUAUUUUGUCUCGAAAAGAGGUUGAUAUUUCUGGAGAGAUCAUCAAGUUCCCCAAUGGAGGUUUGCCAUGGAAAAGUUAUGUUUAUGAAAUGGAAGAAGAACACUCCAUCGACCCAUUGAUCAAGUUUGUUCUUUAUACUGACCAAGCAGGCAUGUGGAGAGUACAAGCGGUGACAGUCGAAGGAAAAGCCUUUGAAAACCGCCUGAGCCUACCCGAAGAAUGGAGAGGUGUGAGAGAUCAAGACCUGGAAGGUGUGACUAAGAUUCCUGGAUCGAGGUUUGUUCACGCUGCUGGUUUCAUUGGUGGGAAUGACACGUUCGAAGGGGCUUUGGAAAUGGCGCGCCAAGCACUGAAAAGACAAUAA